GUUUCCAGGAUGUGCACGUGAUGAUCUUCAUCGGUUUUGGCUUCCUCAUGACGUUCCUGCAGAGGUACGGCUUCAGCAGCGUGGGCUUCAACUUCCUGAUCGCAGCCUUCGCCCUGCAGUGGGCAACGCUGAUGCAGGGCUUCUUCCAUGGGAUGCAUCACGGCAAGAUCCACAUCGGAGUGGAGAGUAUGAUCAAUGCUGACUUCUGCACGGGUUCUGUGCUCAUCUCGUUCGGAGCCGUUCUGGGUAAAACCAGUCCUGUGCAGCUGCUGAUCAUGGCGAUGUUCGAGGUCACGCUGUUUGCUGUCAAUGAGUAUGUCCUGCUGACCAUUCUGGGGGUAAAGGACGCUGGAGGCUCCAUGACCAUCCACACCUUUGGAGCUUACUUCGGCCUCAUGGUGACUCGAGUCCUGUACAGACCCAACUUGGACAAGAGCAAAAGCAGGAACUCCUCAGUCUACCAUUCGGACCUUUUCGCUAUGAUCGGUACCAUCUACCUGUGGAUGUUCUGGCCCAGCUUUAACUCUGCCAUCACCGCUCAUGGAGACGACCAGCACCGCACCGCCAUGAACACCUACUACUCGCUGGCCGCCUGUACUCUGGCGUCCUACGGCAUGUCCUCACUCACCGCACACGACGGGAAGCUGGACAUGGUCCACAUCCAGAACGCCGCUCUGGCCGGUGGCGUCGCCGUGGGAACAGCAGGAGAAAUGAUGCUGACUCCCUUUGGAUCCAUGAUCGUUGGUUUCUUGGCCGGCAUCAUUUCGGUUCUGGGCUUCAAAUACCUCUCUCCCCUGCUGGAAAGCAAACUGAAGAUCCAGGACACCUGCGGGGUUCACAACCUGCACGGCAUGCCCGGCAUCCUCGGUGCGGUUGUGGGUGCGGUGACUGCUGCCAUGGCAACCUUUGACAUUUAUGGAGAGGGGAUGAAGGACGUCUUCCCCGAGAUCGUGAACGGUCAAUCAGCGUCCACUCAGGCCGGGUUCCAGGCCCUCGGCCUCGCCGUCACCCUGGGCAUCGCUCUGCUGGGAGGGGCUCUUGUUGGUUUCGUUCUGAAGCUGCCCGUCUUCGGUGCUCCAUCUGACACCAUCUGCUACGAGGACAGCAUCUACUGGGAGGUUCCUGGAGAAGAGGAGGAUCAUGAGGCUCAACUGACCGAAGUGAGGCCGGAUGAGGCUCAGAAGCUAAACGCUUAGAUAGCACACAUUUACACUCUCACACACACACACACACACAAUCACACACACUCACACACACAAUCACACACACUCACACACAUAUUCACACACACACACACACACACACACACACACACAUUCACACACACUCA